AUGUCCGCCCUCGAGCAGAAGCUGACGCAGCUAGCGCUCAACCCGGCCUACCAUGACCUCUUCACCAUCAUCAAGGCCUGCCGCAACGGCCUCGUCUACGGCGCCAAGAUCCGCUUCCCGCACGCCCUCGUCAUGACUUUUCUCUUUGGGCGGGGCACGCCAGCGCAAAAGAUGCAGAACAUUAUCCGCGCCACGCGCUCCCACGCCUUCAACCUCGGCACGUUUGCGCCCGCCUACAAGUUCCUCACCAUCCUCCUCAGAAGGGUCCAGGAGGCGCUGACGGGCGCCACGCUCAAAAAGGCGCCCGCUUGGCACUCGCUCCUCGCCGGCGGUGUGCUCGGGUACACUGUCUUCGGAGAGAGGACGCCCGUCGCAGAGCAGAUUGUCCUCUAUUCUGCCUCUCGAGUGCUCUCGGCCAUGGUGCUGCCGCGCGCCGAGGUGCCCGCCAACUACCCGCCCACCAAGCCCAUCCCGACAGACAAGAGGGCGUUUGCGCUGUUUGCCACCGUCACCUGGGGCCUCGUCAUGUGGCUGCACGAGCAUAGAAGAGAGCACCUCAACCCGGGCCUCAUCAACUCGAUGGACUAUCUCUAUACCAAGUGCGAGCGAUGGGACAGCCUGCGCAACCUCUUCUGGCACAACGAGUAG